UCUUUCAACGUCUAUCGAACGCGGCGCGCAUCGGGGACCGGAGGUGAGAGAUGGAGGGAGAGCCCUACGACGUCGUCCCGUGCUCUUCCGUCGCCGUCGAUUCUAUCCUCCGCAUCGGAACGGCUGGUGCAAUUUGGGGUUUGUGUUCCGCUCCCCAAGAGGCUCGUAAACAAGGCCUAGGAGGGGUAGCUCAGGCCGCUUUUGUGGCGAGGUCGGCUAGCUCGUGUGGCUUUCAAUAUGGACUUGUUGCUGGAAUCUGUACUGCUACUCACUGUGGGCUUCAAAGAUAUCGGGGAAAGAGCGAUUGGGUGAAUGGUCUGAUUGCUGGUGCUGUGGCAGGGGGAGCCAUUGCUGCUAUGACACGAAGCUGGACACAGGUGGUUCCUAUGGCUUGUCUGGUUUCUGCCUUCAAAGUUGCCACUGACUAUGCUAGAACAACUUGAAAUACCUCUCGGUGGAAAACUGUGGCAGAGGAAGGUUGUUCUCUUCGCUCCCUACAUAUUUUACCUAUUUUUUCCCCUGCUUAGAUCCCUCAUCUUAUUGAACCAUUUGUCUGUAUCACUGUCAUUAUUUUUGACUAAGCAAAGAAAUACGUUCUGUUAUGUCGGUAGAUAUAGCGUUUAUGGAGCGACCGUUGUAUGGCAGUUCAAUUCUUGUAUGAUUUUCUUUUCUUUUUCCUUUUUUUGUGUGUAAAUAACUAGAGCAGAUAACAAGGUUCCCUUUUGUUGCUGAUGCUCAUUUCAACAGAUAUUUGACCAA